AUGUCCAGCCAACCGAAGAUGGCCUCGGAGGUGGGAGCCGCCGAGCAGUACGAAAUGGAACAGCUAGCCGAGGCGGAAACCCAACGCCUUCAGAAACUUCUACGGACGCUGGAAAACGAACGGGCCUCCUUUCUGGACGCCAAGAACAAAGCACUGCGCAAGUACCGGGCGAACGUGCGCCUGCUGGAGAAAGAGAAACAACAACUGCAGCUGCAGUUGGACUGCGAGGAGAACGGUGUCCACUCGAAGCGUGAAACCGAGCUGGAAUCGGUGCUGGAAACUAGCUACGAAAAGCAGAAGCAGGUGAAUCAAGCUCUCAAGGCGAAGAAGGAAGCUCUGCGGGAAUUGGAAGGGCACAUCAAAAAGAUUCACCGGGAAAUUGCGGAGAUAAGGAAAAAUGAGUUAACGGACGUGCGAUACAAUGAGACGAUUGCGAAGGCUCAACACUCGGUGAAGAAGCUGGAGAACCGGCUGGAUGUGGUGAACAAGAAGGCUGGUGUUGCGAUGGCAGAGAACUCCCAGCUGAGGCAAACGAUUGAUCACAUGCUGACGGAACGGGCCACCUUUAACAUUAUGUGGGAUAAGUUGGUUAAUAAGCUGAACGAGGGCAAACGCUACAUGAUGGAGCUGAUCGAUCAGGCUUCGUCGGCGUACGAUACGAGGGAGGAACUGUGCACGAAGUUGCAGAUUCUGAAGGACAAGGGACAGAGCGAAAAGAUGACGCACGUGCAGGAGAUGCGCGAGCUGCAGCGUAAGCUCGAUCACGAUGCUAAGCUGCAGGAGUUUCUCGGGAUCAAGGGCCAGUGUCGAUCGAAUGCCGAGCUGGAGGAACGCGAGGAACAGAAACGGCAGAAGAUGUUGGAGAAUUUGGAAAAGCAGUACGCUGAGUAUGAGCAAAUUAUGACGCGUAUUAUGUCGUUUUCCGGGGAGGACGAUAUCGAUCGGUUGGUGGCGAAGUUUAUUAAAAAAGAGGAGGAGAAUUUUGCGCUGUUUAACUAUGUGAAUGAGUUGAGUCACGAGGUGGAGACGUUGACGGAAAGCGUGCAGGUGUUGCAGGAUAAAAUCACUGAGCAAAUCGCUAUUAAUGAAUCGAAGGAACACUCGCAGGAUGACAAUAUAGACGCGCUACGUCAAGAGGAGCUGGACAGUAAAGAGGCGGCGGACGCCGCCUUAGAAAUCAAGCAAGUUUGGGCUGUCAAGCUGGAUGAACUACUGCGAACAGCGGAGCGUAUUUAUAAGUUACUGCACUGCGACGAAGCACCGAUUCUGAAUCUUCUGAACACCGAGCGCCAGGUGACGCUGAACAAUGCCAAGCUCUUCCUUGGCAUCAUCGAGCGUCGCGUUGCCAACAUGAUCAGCAACGUAAACUACGUGGAACCGACCAGCAAGAUCCUGGGCCGAAAGGAUCGAGUGCCCAACUUUAACGUUAAGGAUUCGGCAAAGAUUCGGAUCGAAAGAGGCUAA